CUCAUUAUUUAACUUCUCCAAUUCCCUAUUACUCGGGUCUUGUCUGCCCAGCACCAAAUAUCAGUAAGGCUGGACAGACAGGAGCUGCAGUGCCUGUAAACCUGCUCCAUCUACCUAACCUCUGUGACUACAAAUUACUUUGCCCAUACAUUGAGCAUGCGUUCCUGGGAAAGGUUCACCUAGAAGACAAGUGAUGAGAACUAUCAGAGAGCCCUGAAAAGAACUAUGGCAGCAGAGACUGUUCUAAUGCAGAAACGUUGGACUCCCACACAAUAAUAAAAGGGCUCAAGUGGGCUUUUCACACAUCAGAGAAGCCAGGGCCUCCACACAAGGUCGAAGUGCCCCAUUACAGGAGCAGCUUGGAAUGCAGCAGGCAGAUGUCAAGACACUUGCCUUGUCCUCCUUAUCUCCCUGUAUCAUUGAAGGACACGAUGCCCAACUUCUCUCUAUCCCAGAAGCGGCAGAUGUUCAGAAAUAAUGGCUGAUUUUGGUACCCAAAUUACUUCUAAUAGGCAUUCUCUUCCUGAGCAUACAACAACGAAGAAAGUUCAUCUAGAGGGCGAGCGAGGAAGCCCGCUGGAGGAAGUAAACGCACUGCUGAGCAGGCUGUCGUGGUGCUAAACGGACACCAGGUGGCUGCAGAGCCCAUGAAAUAGAAGAACUCUUUAUCGCUCAUUACUUGAGAGGCGUGCAUACGUUGAUUACCUCGUGCAGGCAUUAUGAAUAUGCAGGACCUGCGGGAAUAUAACGAGCUCGGGUCUCGUGGAAUCUCAGAAGCACUUCUGGUGGAAUUAUCCCCAGUGCUUCCCAGCCCCGCUAACAAAGAAUACCUGCCUAACGGGAACAACGCUUGGCUGCUCAGUUCCUCGCUGCGAUGCUUUGAGUCAGCUGGGCACUGCAGAUGGGAAUGGAUGCAGCCUCUGCUCGGCUGCAGGAGCCGCUGAGAGCAGGACUCCUCGGGCGCCCCUGCAGGGACUCCUCGCCUCCAUCGGAUCGCUGCGGGAGCAGACAGGGAGCGUCUGACAAAGGUGAUUUACCUUGGAUUCGAGAUCUUGGGAGGACAAAGGGAACUUGGAACAGAACAAAAGGAAGCAAUCUGCUGAACACCCAGAUCUGCAGAUGGUAAAAGAGCUCAGAACCUUCCUUGGCACGACAGUGAGCCGCCUCUGAGCCAGCAGUGCACGACUGCUUGGAAACCACAGAGACUGCCUGUGCCAAUGGGCUGGAGCCAGAGCAGGAACCACUGGAGGAUGCUGAGGAUUCCUGCUUCACCGACAGAAGUGGUUUUGUGAGACAAGGAUAUGCAGCAGCUACUGACGAGGUAAUCAAAGCACAGCCAUUACCUGUGGGGGCUUCUGCUCUGAAGGCUGAAGUAACAGCCUUGACAAGAGCUUUAGAGUUGGCAAGAGAAAAAGGAUAAACGUAUGGACAGACUCUAAAUAUGCAUUUGGGGUGCUACACGCUCACGGUGCCAUCUGGAAAGAGCAAGGAUUGCUCACAGCACAAGGGAAAUAAAUUAAGCAUGCCAAGGAAGUCCUGCAUCUGUGGGAAGCUCUAAAUCUACCAGAGUGGCUAAUAGAUACUGCAGGGAACAUCAGAAAGGUGACACUGUACAGGAGACUGGAAAUAAGAUGGUGGAUCAGGUGGCAAAACAGGCAGCUGAAGGAAUAGAAAUCGCUGUACAAACUUCAAUUCCAGAUGGUAAACUUCAAAUCUGUAAACCUGAAUCAGAACCUGCAAAGUAUUCUAGAGAGGAUAGGGAUUUAAUUAAUGAUAUAGAAGGAAAGGAGCAAACUGAGUGGGCAUACACACCUGAGUCACAGAGAUGAGGUAGAUGGGGUAAUGUAUAGGUACAAAGGCUGCAGCUCUUGUCUGUCCAGCCAUCUGGAAUACUUGUGAGCCUUGAGCUGAAGAAGUUAAACAUCCCACUCCUAAACAGUGUGAUAACACCUUUACAAAGCAAAAACAAAAACAGGACAAGGAUAUCAAUAGGCUCAUUAUGUUGGAAGACUACUAAUUUUUGGUGCUGGACAGACAAGACCUGAGUGAUAGAAAAUUUAAGGAGGAGAAGUUAAAUAAUUAGCAAUAUACAUGUAUAGUUAGCAACCAUUUAUGUUUAGUCAGUAUGAAUAUAUGUAAUGUCUUGUUGCAGGAAGAUUGUGAACCUGGAGUACCCAGAGAAUGGGAAAACAGGGGAGGGGGGAAGCUUUGGGGAGACAAGGUAUAAAAGCUGUCACAUUGUGUCCAUAGGUGAGCUCCUGUUGGCUGGAUGCCCACUGCAAUCUUCACCAGAGCUCCUGUCUCCUAAAACUUAUCUCAGACGUUUCUGACACUGCGGAAAUACAACGAGCUCUGAAUCAUGUCAUCUUAGAACCUCAUACGAUGGAAUUAUCCCCAGUGCUUCCCAGUGUUGCUAACAAAGAAUACCUGCAUAGCGGUACCAAAACUUGGCUGCUACAUUUCUUAGCUCCAGUUCUUUCAAUUCUCUCCUGAGAGACACAGACAGGCUGAGGGGUGGCGCCAGGAGAACCUCAUGAGGUUCAGCAACACCACAUGCAAGGACUGCCCCUGUGUGAGGCCAGCCCUGGAGACAGACCUGCCCCCAGGCUUCAUGGAGGAAGGACGAGACGGUGAUGGGAAGGAAAAUGCCAUGCAUGGAAGAUCUCUCACCGCUGCCUCCCAGGAUGGAGGAGGGCGAAUGUCUGCGGUCCCACUUGCACAGGGGAAGGUGGAAGGAGGGAAGGUGUAUUCAGGAGAUGGGGUGUUGGGUUAUCUGGAAAUGCUGGAGGCACAGGCUCAUGAGUUAGGCCUGAAGCAAGAAGAGAAGGAGCAGCAAGAAAAGAAGCUCAACAGACUGAAAGUCAGAGUGCAGGAGCUGAGAACCCGGAGGGAUGAGCUUCGGGCUAAAGUGGAGCUGCAGGAGAAGAGGCUUCUUGACAAGGAAGGAGUUGUGACAGAUCCAGCACGGCCCAGUGCCCAGACUGUUCUGGAGUGGAAAGUGAAGAGCAUUAAGGCCAUGCUGCAAGUCUUUUACCUCACAGGGAUCAGUGGGAAGCUGACCAAGCAGGGAGUGUGUUUCUGCAUCAGCACUGCUUAUGAAGGCACCUACCUGGAUUCCUAUUACGUGGACCUCCUCAUCAAGCCAGAGGUGAAGAUUCAACGCCACUCUGUCCCCGUCUUCAUCCCACUGGAGCAGAUAGCCAAGAAGUACCUGCAGACAGACAUCAGGCGCUUCCUGUCCGUCCUGUGGGAGCACCUGAAUGCUUACGUUGGGCGGAGGCACCAGGCAGACCAGUUGGAGGAGCACUUUUCAGACCACAUAGAAGGAACUCUGCAGAGGAACUCUUUGUGUAACUUGCUGGUCUUUAAUUACACCGUGUCAAGUGACAGCAAGACCUUUCCAUUCAACUUGAGGCUGCUUUAUGGAGACCUCUGUUGCAGCCUCCCUACUGAAGCCAUCAUUUCUUGUACACCUGGCACUCUUCCAUUGCUAGCAAAGAUGGCAGCAGCUCACUCAAACGCUUUUCGACAGAUAGCUCUGCACAAAGCCUUCGACUCCAUCAUCAAUGCUAAAGAAAGCCUGGACUGAGCACCGUAAGCUACCUUGACUCCUCAGUAACGUGCCUCUCCUGACUUCUUCUGCCUGUGGGGAAUGCUCUCAAAAUGCAAAUGUUUGCCAUGGACUGCGGCACUGCUGCUGAGAACCCCCCAGAGGAGCAAUUGGCCCAAUUUAGAUCUUGAAAGCAAUAUUUCCUUGAUGAUUUGGGGUGUCUAUUGCUGGUAAUCUUUCCUCAGCACUCUGCUUCUCGCUUGUCAUUUAAUUCCUGCUCGUGAUGCAUCGCAGUGUUUGGUGCCCCGGAGCUCCACAGUUAUGGAGGAUGUCUCACAAUUAGAAGGAGAAGCUAUAUUAAAACAUCAACAGCUCAUAAAACCUUCUGGAAGAAGAACCCUACAGCUCACCAGGCAGCAGAACUCAGCAGGGAGCAAGCAGAGUAAUCUGUGCCCUCCUUCUAACAGCCAGGAAAGGACUUCAUGUUAGAAACUGGUACAGGCUGGAGGACAACCUGGAUUGUUAUGGCACUCACUGAACCUUCUCUGGACAGAGGUGAGGUUUCCUUUUGCCAGCAGCAGGCUGUGCCCUCACGUGGGCUGCAUUAACUCCCCCAGCACAUUAGCAGUGAGUUUUCCAGAAGAUUUCACACCAGUGGUGGCUUUGGACAUCCUGUUUUCUUCCUGUUGUAGCAGAACUUUCCUGGCAUCCCAUCUUUGUGCUUCCUCCAAGUUUGGAUCGGAUCUUGAAAGCUUGCUGUAUUUUAUGAACACUCUUUCAAUGCGUUAAUUUCAGUAACACAGAACUUUUACUGUGGUAUUUUUAAGAAUCUCCUAUUGAUUUUUUUUCUAGACUUACACCAGAUGGCUGGGACAUCAGGAUUUUCUCCUGCCCCGUUUUUGUGCCAACACUGCAUGUGCAAACUUCACAGUUUGUUUUUAAAUUGUCUCUGUAGUUUAAGCUUUGUCCAAACCAACCUUUUUAUGUAUAACCUCUGGUGUUCGUAUGUUGCAGCUCCAGGAGAAAUUCCCUGAUGACCCUGGGAAUUGAGUAAUGGGGUAGGGAUCAAAAUCUUGUAUCAUUCUUUCUGUGAUUUCCAGUGUUUUGAUACUCUGCGACGAGAGAAAGGAGCAAAAGCCAUCCAGAGGCAUCAAUCUCCCCUUUGGGAGCCCCUCCAAACCCAGUAUCCCCUCAAAGAGGUGGUGAAGCCCUUCUCAGUAUCCCCACAACCCCAGAACACAGCAGACACAGAACCAGGCUUUGAAAUUCAACUGCUUUCUAUUCAAGAAACUAAUGGCAUAAUUACACUCUGUGUGCCUCCCUUCCCCCCUGGCCCUGGCAGUGUCACGCUGAAUAACGCAGUCCCUUCUCAGCCAGUCCCAGGUCCUCUUUCCCAUCAAGCAGUGACAGCAGCUGACCGCAGCGUGCAUGGGGGGGCGAACAGGCACAGUUAAAAAUAUAAAUGUCAAUCUGUACUCUUAUGUAUAUAUAUUUAUAUAUCUGAAAUACGCAAUAUUCUGUAUUUUUUUUUUCUCUGAGCUCCAAGCCCAAGCACUCUCUCUCCCCGAUCUCCUAACUAUGUUGUUUGUGACAAGGAUGAACUCGGUAUGGACUAACAGCAAAGCCCGGAUGCUCCUGUGUGUAGGAGAGACGUGUCUUUCCAUCCGACCCUGAGUUUGGAUCUCCUUGUGCUGAGUGCAUGGCAGCUGGGGCCCACAAUGCUACUUGGAUGCCAUACUGCUGCCCCCCCCUGCAAAGCCUGGGGUGCCUGGGGAAAGGCAGCCCCAACCCCACACCCACUGAGGGCUGUGAGCUUGUGUGCAGGCACGAUGGAGCAAAGGAACUUUCCAGCAGGGACUUGGAAAGGGUUGUGCAAAGGGGUCGAUUUCUCAAGUUUGGUUUCAGAUCCAGACCUCAGUGGGACAGAUGUCCCCGCCGGCUGUGGUGCUGGGCACUGGGCCCCCCUGGCCACCCCUCUGGGUGCUGGGCAGACGGUGGCUGUGCUG